UUGACACAGCCAGUUAAACCAGUAAGGUCCCAUAAAAUGGUUAUAGCUGGUGGAGUCUAACGAUCAGAAAGGGCCGGAAGCUGAUUCGUGUAAGAGCUUCCCGACGAUGAGCCCGACUCUCAACAAUAUUGUGUCUUCCCUGCAGAGAAGUGGAACAUUUAUCAAUGCUUUAAUUGCUGCUUCGACUAUUGGUGGGCAACAGCUGUUCUCUUCUUUCACAUUCAAAUGUCCUUGCCAGGUUGGGAAAAAUUUCUACUAUGGUUCUGCUUUUCUACUCAUUCCAGCCUUGCUCCUUCUGGUUGCUGGCUAUGCCCUGAGAAGCCAGAUGUGGACAAUGAGCCGUGAAUACUGCUGCAGCUGUGCUCCUCCACGCCGGAGAAUCAGCCUCUUGGAGCGCAAGCUGGCUUGCCUUAGGUUCUUCAGCAUCACUGGGAGGGCACUUGUUGCUCCGUUAACAUGGCUGGCGGCAACCCUGCUGACAGGCACCUACUAUGAAUGUGCGGCAAGUGAAUUCGCAUCUGUGGACCAUUACGCAGUAUUUGACAAUGUCAGUGCCAGCAGACGGGAACAGAUCCUAGCUGGGUUUCCAUGUUGCAAAUCAACUCCAUCUGACAUGAUCCAAGUGAGAGAUGAAGUAGCUCUUCUGCACAGAUACCAGUCACAAAUGCUGGGCUGGAUUUUGAUCACCUUGGCAACCGUCGCUAUCCUAGUGUCCCGCUGCUUGGCGACGUGCUGCUCCCCCCUCCCCUCUCGGCAGCACUGGUACUGGACCAACCACCUCCGCAACGAGAGGGAGCUCUUUGAACAAGCUGCAGAACAGCAUUCGAGGCUCCUCAUCACGAAGCGCAUACAGAAACUCUUUGGCUUCAUUCCUGGAAAGGAAGACGUCAAACGCAUCCGCAUUCCUUCGUGUCAGGACUGGAAAGAGAUUUCAGCACCCAGUCUUCUCUGCAUGGGGGACGAUUUGCAAGGUCACUACAGCUUCCUUAGAGACAGGCUGGAUGAGGAGAGUGAGGAAAGCAAAUCUGAAGGCAUCGAAUUACGACCUUGAUUAUAGCACCUCUCACAGGUCAGGUUGCUUAACAGAUACUUUGAUGGAGUUUCAGUGUCAUCUCUUUAACUUUUUCUGUGUCUUUUGGUAUUUGUUUAAAUAAGCCCAUUCAAGAUGCUAGUUCCAAAGUCACUUUAUCUGAUCAUUGUGCCAAUCUUUCUUUUUGGGAUUUCCUUGGUGGAAGUGGUAUAAUAUAGGUCUGGUGAUGCCUCUAUUGGUGUAAGUAAAACAAUAUGGAAUUUGAAGUCAUAUCAAAAUUAGAAUGUUGAUUCUAUGACUCAGUAUCUCUGUAGAAA